CAGGGAGCCCACGCGUUCCGAGAGCCCGGCCCGGGCAGGGCAGCACCGGGGACCGAGUGUUCGGGUGGCUUUGGUGGCACGAUCCGUCCAGGAGGACGCGGACGAGAAGCGGGCCGGAGCUGAGGCGGCGGGCACGGGUCUGUCUUUCCCGCCCCUCCCUGCGCGCGCCCGAGUGGUGGCGGCCGGGAGAAGGACUCGUGGCUGCGGGGCUCGCGCCUCUGUCAGUGCGGCGGGGCGCGCGAGAGGCGCGGGGCGCGGAGCCGAGGGAAGCCGAGGGGGCGGAAGCGGCGGCGACUGUCGCGCGUGUGCUCCGGGCUCCUCACGAGGCGGCCGGGGCCGCCUCCUCCCUCCCGCCCGCCCGCCAGCCCGCUCGCCCUCCGAGAGCGGCCGCGCCGUCGCCUUCCGCGCCGCGCGGCUUCCUCCAGACCUCGGCGCGGGUGAGCCCUGGUUCUAGAGACAGUUGCUUCUGACCCUGUAACCCUAAGGACAAAAUAGCUGGUUAAACUCAUUCUUGGUACAGGUGGAUACCAUGUCCUUGAAGAUUCAGACCAGCAAUGUAACCAACAAGAAUGACCCCAAGUCCAUCAACUCUCGGGUCUUCAUUGGAAACCUAAACACUGCUGUGGUAAAGAAGUCAGAUGUGGAAACCAUCUUUUCCAAGUAUGGCCGUGUGGCUGGCUGUUCUGUGCACAAAGGCUAUGCUUUUGUCCAGUAUGCAAAUGAGCGCCAUGCCCGGGCAGCUGUGCUGGGAGAGAAUGGACGGGUGCUGGCUGGACAGACUCUGGACAUCAACAUGGCCGGAGAGCCCAAGCCCAACAGACCCAAGGGGCUAAAGAGAGCAGCAACUGCCAUAUACAGUGGCUACAGCUUUGACUAUGAUUACUAUCAAGACUACUUCUGUGCCAGGCUGUUUGAUUAUCGAGGCCGCCUUUCUCCAGUGCCUGUGCCCAGAGCAGUUCCGGUGAAGCGACCUCGUGUCACGGUUCCUUUGGUUCGCCGUGUCAAAACUACAAUACCUGUCAAGCUCUUUGCCCGUUCCACAGCCAUCACUACUGGCUCAGCCAAGAUCAAAUUAAAGAGCAGCGAGCUACAGACCAUCAAAACAGAACUGACACAGAUCAAGUCUAACAUUGAUGCCCUAUUGGGUCGCUUGGAACAGAUUGCUGAGGAACAAAAGGCCAACCCAGAUGGCAAGAAGAAGGGCGACAGCAGCAGUGGUGGAGGAGGUGGCAGCAGCAGUGGAGGCAGCAGUGGCAAUGCUGGUGGUAGCGGCGGCAGCAGUGGCAAUGCUGGUGGUGGCAGUGGCAGCUGCGGUAGCAGCAGCCGGCCACCAGCCCCCCAAGACGACACAGCUUCUGAGGCAGGCACACCCCAAGGAGAAGUCCAAACUCGAGAUGAUGGUGAUGAGGAGGGACUGCUAACACAUAGUGAGGAAGAACUGGAGCACAGCCAGGACACAGAUGCAGAAGAUGGGGCUUUGCAGUAAGCAGGAGAAAUGGCCACCAGCAAAAGAGCAUCACUGUCUCAGGCCUCAAGACAGGCACCCAUCUCUGGAUGCCAGUUUGUAGCGGGUACCAGAGGAAAGCUGACACUAGGCACUCCUCUCCCCAUGCAUCCCAGCCAGUGAGUGCUACAUCCUUUGCAAGUGGAGUUACUGGCCUACCCCUUACCCCAUGCACUCUUCCUGUCUGCACUGCCUCGGGCCAAGGGGCAGAAUACAUUCUGCCCAUUUUCCCCAGGGCAUUCCCAGGCUUGGGGUUUUUCUAUAGGUUUGAAAGUAAGGGGGGUUGGGAUGGGGGGGGGGACCUG